GUGCGAGUUCUCUCCUGGCGUCCCGAGUCCCCACUCCCGGGCCCUCUGUAUGACUGACACCGCAGUCGGCCAUGGAACCUGGCCCUGCCCUGGCCUGGCUCCUGCUCCUGAGCCUGCUGGCCGAUUGUCUGAAAGCUGCUCAGUCCCGCGACUUCACAGUGAAAGACAUUAUCUACCUCCACCCUUCAACCACACCAUAUCCUGGUGGAUUUAAGUGUUUCACCUGUGAAAAGGCAGCAGACAAUUAUGAAUGCAACCGAUGGGCUCCGGACAUCUACUGUCCUCGAGAGACCAGAUACUGCUAUACUCAGCACACGAUGGAAGUCACAGGAAACAGCAUCUCUGUCACCAAACGCUGCGUACCGCUGGAAGAGUGCUUGUCCACUGGCUGCAGAGACUCCGAGCAUGAAGGCCACAAGGUCUGCACUUCCUGUUGUGAAGGAAAUAUCUGUAACUUGCCACUCCCCCGAAAUGAAACUGAAGCCACAUUUGCCACAACAUCACCCAUAAAUCAGACUAAUGGGUACCCACACUGCAUGUCAGUGAUAGUAUCCUGCUUGUGGGUAUGGUUGGGACUCACAUUAUAACAGCUCCAGGGUGCUGUGUAUAGUAGCCAUCCAAGGGAAUCUCGCUGGUCCAUAUUCAUGCAUGAAUCGUUGGCCUGACAGUAGUUACAUGUGAGAGACCACAACAUUUAAGGAUGUCGUCACGGCCAAGCAUUACCACUUACCAUUAGGAACAACCCUUGCUUCA